UAACGGGUUGUACCACAAGAUGGUGAGGGAAGGCUUGGUACCCUUACGACUAUCACGGUAUAAUGCUCUCAUAAAUGAAUUGUGUGAGGGAGGGAAACUAGUUUCUGCUAUCAAGAUAUUUGAUUGGAUGGGGCGGCAUGUUCGCUUGGCUGGGACUGAAACUUUAUAAUGCGAUGAUAAAAGGAUUCUGUUUGAUUGGAAAUGUUGAGAGGGCCAUGAUACUAUAUGAUGAAAUGCUGAAGGUGGGUCCCGCUCCAAAUGUGAUCACAUAUAACACGCUCGUCAAUGGAUAUGCGAAACGCGGUUAUCUAGACAAUGCCAGGAGGUUGAUGGAGGUGAUGAAGGAAAAUGGAUGUAAGCCCGAUCAAGUGACGUACACGGAACUUGUUUCUGGAUAUUGCAAAGGGGAUAAACUUGACGUUGCUUCUGAGUUAUUUCAGGAAAUGAUGCAGCAAGGUUUGACCCCGAAUUUGAUUAACUAUAGCGCUUUGAUCGAUGGUCUAAGCAAGAAAGGGAAAGUUGAUGAUGCGUUGAUUUUGUUUAAAAGGAUGCAAGAGAUUGGUUGCCGUCCAAAUAUUGAAGUUUAUAAUGCUGUUCUUAAUGGGUUUUCUAAAGAAGGUAGGUUAUCCGAAGCAGAGAAACUAUGCAGUAAGAUGGCAGAGUGUGGGCUGCUUCCGAAUGUAAUUACAUACUCGACUUUAAUCGAUGGUCUCUGCAAGAAUGGUGGGAUAGAUCUCGCUCUCAAGAUUUUUCAUGAAAUGGAGAGAAGAAAUUGCUUACCAAACUUGUACACGUAUAGUUCAUUGAUCUACGGCCAGUGUCAGGUAGGCCGGGUUGAUGAUGCAGAGAUAAUGCUCGAAGAAAUGGUGAUUAAAAAAUUAUAUCCUGACGAGGUUACAUAUACCUCGUUGAUUGAUGGAUUAGCUUCCCUAGGUAGACUCGAUAGUGCAUUUUCGCUUCUUCGUCGAAUGAUACAUGCAGGCUGCAAACCAAACUACAGGACCUACUGUGUGUUGUUGAUAGGGAUGCAGAAAAAAAUGGCGGUCCAACAUGAAACUGUUCAUAGUCACACUAUAGAUGCAAAAUGUGUUAUUUUUGAAACCUUUUGCAAUCUGUUAGUUAAGAUGUCUGAGAUGGGCUGUGAACCUUGUACCGAUACAUAUUACAUCUUGAUUGCUGGUCUGUGUCGUGAUGGAAGAAGUUACGAGGCAGAUAAGUUGGUCGAAUUUAUGGAGGAGAAAGGGCUGAGUCCUAACGAGGCAAUAUAUUGCUCUCUCCUCGGUGCUUAUUGCAAGAAUUUGAGAGUAGAUGCUGCUCUAGAUAUACUUAAUUUGCUGACUGUGAGAGGGUUCAAGCCCCCUUUAUCAAUUUACGCAGCUACUAUAUCCGCUCUCUGCAAAAGAGAACGGAUCGAAGAGGCUGAAGUGGUGUUCGAAGACAUGCUUGAGAAACAAUGGAAUGGCGAUGAGAUUGUGUGGACUGUAUUGAUUGAUGGCCUGCUUAAGAAAGGGAAACCGGAAGUGUGCUCGAAACUUCUUCAUGUAAUGAACUCGAAAAGCGUCCCUAUAAGUAAGCAGACAUAUCUGAUGCUAGCAAGGGAGAUGUCCAAAGCUAACAAAUUAGUCGAGGAAAACCGAGUUGAUGAAGAAUUGCAAGUCCUAGGAGACCAAAGACCAGGAUAAGGUCCUGUUUGAGUUACCGAACAGAACAAAUGCAUCCUUAUUCGAUAUUCCUCGUAUUUGCUGAAUCAGAGGCUGGGAUGCCCUUUCUGCGACACCUGUAGAAAGGAUAUCAAGUUAAAACUGCAAUCAAGUAAGUGAUCAUAUUAUUACUCGCAUAUGGAGCUGCGCAAUUCCUGGGAUCGAUCUCAUGCAUUUGUCGUCGUUCUAGGAUGAGAGAUUUGGCUUAAUGACUGGUCCACUGAUAAUUUCAGUGAUCUGCUGGCAAGUUAUAUCUCGAGUGCGAUUGUGAUUGGAUGCAUGUGCUUUGCCUCCAUUUGUGUAGCCAAUCACUUGCAGAUUCUUAUUAUACAGCUGGAAAUAUACGGCAUCAGAGACGUCUCGAGUUGUUCAAGAAUGCAAGUUGGGACCCGUCGACACAAUUUGCUGAAUGUGAAAAUUUUGAUUGGUGCGUUUCUUGGACAGCAAUACUUGACAAAAUUAACACGAAAAAAGAGAUCCCUUAUUGGGAAUUAAAUUAAUCAAUCAAGAUCUAUUUAUUUUCUGGCGAUCCUCCGUUUUUUAUUUUAUACACAGCAGCCUUGUAAUUGUAAUGCUUAAAUUAGGCUUAGCUUGUAAAAUACUUCAUCAUUCUUUCUUGAAUUAAUACAGACCAUUUUUCAGUAUAAGGAUGAUUGCUUA